UCAUACAUAUACAUCGACUUAGAUCAGCCGGUACAGGUUCGUUUCUUUGAGGUGGUUCAGUUUGUUAAUUUUAUUCUUCCUUUAAAUACAGUUUUUUUUUCUUCAGUUUUCGUUGUAUGUGAAAACCGGGAUUUGUGUCGGAUACAAAAUUUAAUACAUUGUAAAAAUUUUAACAAACAUAAAUAAAAUAAUCAAAUAAAAAAAACUAAUUUCAGAAUCAUAUUUAAAUUAAUUUUAAAAAUAUAAAGAUAAUAAUAUAUUCUUUUCAAGAAGUAAAUAACUUUUUUUUUCAAUAAUAAAGUGGUUUAAAACUUGUUCAGUAAAAGAAGUGAUAAAUAUUUUUUUAAAUUACUUAGUUUUCAAGAAGUAACAAAUUGGAGUCUGAAAAUUUUCUUCUGUGAUUGAUAAAUAACUAAGUAUGAGGAAUUCAACGCUAUUAAAAUGGGCCCAAACAACAAACAAUAAAAAUCAAUCAAGUAAAAAUGGAGGAACUAAUAGAAAUUGGAUUCAUCCACCGGAUGCUCUUCAGAAAGGUCAUAUAGCAUACCUAGUCAAGUAUUUAGGAAGUACAGAAGUAGAUCAACCUAAAGGAAUAGAAGUAGUGAAAGAAGCAAUAUGCAAAUUAAAAUUUAAUCAGCAGUUACGUAAAAGUGAGGGUACUAAGACACCAAAAGUUGAAUUAACAAUAAGUAUUGACGGUGUUGCUAUACAAGAGCCAAAAACAAAAACAACACCAAAGCAUAUUUUACAUCAAUAUCCACUUCACAGAAUAUCUUACUGCGCAGAUGAUAAAGGCGAGAAAAAAUUUUUUAGUUUCAUUGCGAAAGAAGAAGACGCUGAGCGGCAUACAUGUUUUGUCUUCGUAAGCGACAAAUUAGCUGAAGAGAUAACGUUGACGAUUGGGCAAGCAUUCGGAUUAGCUUACAGAAGAUUUCUCGAAACAUCCGGUAAAGAUCUUGAAACACAAAGACGUUGUAUGGUACUUCAACAAAAAAUACGCCGAUUAGAGCAUGAAAAUAAUACAUAUAGACAAAGAUUACAAGAUAUUUGUGCUAUUAAAGGCUCAGCGGAUGUUCAAUCUUAUCUAGCACAUCACAAUCUUCCAGAUAUUCUGCAUGUGCCAACGAAUUCAGAUGGAGUUCCUGAAGGACCACGACUGAAUGGCACUAGUCACGUACAAAAUAAGAAUGAUACAAAUGGUAACAAUGCUAAUGAGUCUCGUUCACCACCACCAGUACCACCGAGAAACUUUGACAAAACUUUUGAUGAUGAUUUUAUGAGUAAUAACGAAUCAUCUCCAUCGAUUCAAUCUCCAGUUGUCGGUACUAAACUUGAAGGUUUACUUAUGGACGAAUUUGAAGAAGAUUUUAAUCCACGAGCUUAUGAAACUACUGCCAAUGGUUUUGGGAAUCAUCAAAAUAAUAAUUCUUUAUCAAAUGGACAAUCUACUAGUCCAUUUGUAUCAUCCAAUGGGAAUGGCACAACUCCACCACUUCUUGCGCCACCACCAAAAGUUAAGGAUUCACGACGUCAUAACGGAAUAAAAGAAGAUUUAUUUGGUAGUGUUCCAUUUAAUCCACCACCACCUUCCAGCACUUCAAAUGAUUUUAAUAACGAUCCCUUUGAAAUGGGAGAAUUUGCAGCAUUUUCAGUUUCUAAUCCAAGCCAACAAGAACUUGAAAAUGCAAUUGGAUUAUUAGAUAAAAGAUUACUUGAAAUGAAGGAUGGAUUUAGUCGAGGAUUAUCAAUGGGUACUGAUGAUUUUUCAUUAGAAAGUUUAGAUCCACUACGAAAUUAAUGAUCAUCAAAAUUUAAUUUAACAAAAAAAAAAGAAAAUUCUGAUUUUAUGAACAAGAAAAAAUUUUUUACAUUUAAAAUAAUUAAUCAAAUCAAUUAAUUUUACUAAGAGGCGAUUGAAAAUUUUUAUAAUCAAUCGUUUAUAUAAACCAAAAUUAGUUUAUUAACUUUUUGUAAUUAUGGUGUUAAAAAUAUUUUUGUUUAUAAACAUUGCGUAAGAAUAAUUAAUAUAAAUAAUAACUAUCCAUAGUAACA